AAUUGUCCAAGCUUUCUCAACUGCGCCAUGGAAAUUUUCCACAACUGAGUCAUCGCUCGGUCUGGAUUUCAUACCAAAAAUAUUUUUUUUUUUCACCAUAGAUUACUUGUUUGUGCAUUUGGGAUGAUCCAGGACAAACGAAUUGGGAAACCGAUCUCUUUCCGGCAUUAGGGUUCGGUCCCAACCUCUUCUCCUACUUUAGCAUGAUAGAUCUCGCUUCUAGUAUCUUAUUCUGGCAUGAAAGAUUGUGUUCUUUAUCAAGUAAGCGAUUGGUGGUUUGGAUGCCAAUGAGUGGAACGGUAGAAGGGUCGUCUCUGAACCCAAAUGCCCCACACUCUGUUCUGCAGCAGUUGCUGGAGUCAGUGCAGACAUUUUUGGAACACUUCCAUCAGUGUUGGCAACAAGAGAUGGCUGGCAAAGACUUGUUUGAGACUGCCUCUGUGGAGGCUUUAGUCAUGAACCUGAGCACCAAAUCUCCGAAAAAAGGCGUGAGGCCGGGUAAAUAUCGUGAAAAGCCUGUCCAAUGCGUAAGGCCAAAGGGUACCCCUCGCCGCAUCAUUCACCAGCCUCGCUAAGACUUGCUCUUUACGCGGAGCCUGUUAUCAGGGUGCUUCUUAUUGUACAUAUGCUGUGAUGGAUUGUGCUGUUGUUGCAGACCGUUGGUUGGCUUUGAUGUUUGCUACUGCAUCACCAAGAAACUAAAAAAAAAAAAAAUUGUAGGAUUGUAACUGUUGAAUCUUAAGUUAUAGAAUUGUAGCGUUUGAUGCUUGAUA